GAGCCUGCGACCUGGCGGCGCCGCGCGCGCACCUGCCGGGGCCGCGAUGCUGUAGGACUGCGCGCCCCGCGCCCCGCGCCCGGCGCCCCGCGCAGCCGGCAGGAUGCCGCGCUCCUUCCUGGUCAAGAAGCAUUUCAACGCCUCCAAGAAGCCCAACUACAGCGAGCUGGACACACACACAGUGAUCGUUUCCCCGUACCUCUAUGAGAGUUACCCCAUGCCUGUCAUUCCACAACCGGAGAUCCUCAGCUCUCGAGCCUACAGCCCCAUUGCGGUGUGGACCAGCGCGGCUCCGUUCCACGCCCCGCUGCCCAACGGCCUCUCCCCCCUGUCCGGAUACCCCCCACCCUUGGGGCGUGUGAGCCCCCCUCCUCCAUCCGACACCUCAUCCAAGGACCACAGCGGCUCCGAAAGUCCCGUUAGCGACGAAGAGGAAAGACUCCAGUCCAAGCUUUCCGACCCCCACGCCAUCGAAGCCGAGAAGUUUCAGUGCAAUUUAUGCAGUAAAACCUAUUCGACCUUCUCAGGGCUGGGCAAGCACAAGCAGCUGCACUGUGACGCCCAGUCUAGGAAGUCCUUCAGCUGUAAGUACUGCGACAAGGAGUACGUGAGCCUGGGCGCCCUGAAGAUGCACAUUCGGACCCACACCCUACCUUGUGUUUGCAAGAUCUGCGGCAAGGCCUUCUCCAGACCCUGGCUGCUUCAAGGACACAUCAGAACGCACACUGGGGAGAAGCCCUUCUCUUGCCCUCACUGCAGCAGGGCCUUUGCAGACAGGUCAAAUCUGAGAGCUCAUCUGCAGACACACUCGGAUGUCAAGAAGUACCAGUGCAAAAACUGCUCCAAAACCUUCUCCAGAAUGUCUCUUCUGCACAAACACGAGGAAUCUGGCUGCUGUGUGGCACACUGAGUGACACCACCAAUGUUUACUCGAGCAGAAGGCAUUUCUUCACUCCGCUGCCGCCGCCAAAUGACAAGUAAAAGUCCAAAGGCAUUUUCUCUUGCGCUUACCGACCAAAUAAUAUGUAUAGACACACACACACACACACACAGCUCAAGAGUACGGAAUCAAUGUAUUUAAAGUUAAUCCUUUCCAUGUGAAGUUUAAAAUUACUACAUAUUUACUGACAGCUAGAUUGAGAGGAUAAAAGAUAAUCUUUCUCCUCAAAGAUGAAACAAAAAGCACACUGCGUCUUUUCUUACUAAGGAAGAAUGCAAAGAUUUACAUUGCUGCCAAAUCAUUUCACCUGAAAAGAACAGUAUUGCCUUAAAACAGAUUUGUAAUAGAAUUUCCUCCAGGAGGGGGACCCGCCAGACUCUAUCUCAGGUGCCUUAUAAAGUAACCAUGUUCACUUUAUUCCUUGUCUGAGGUCUACUCACCAUCAUUGAGCUAAAGCCAAUUUUGAUGACCUAUAAUACUUUAAACUGUAUUUUUAAGAGCGAGACGGGGGUGGGGGGAGAGAACAAGAAGGAAAAACACAGGAGAAUGUAUUAAAAGUGUUUUCUUCUUCUUCUUCUUCUUCUUUUUUUUUUUUUUUUUUUUUUUGCCGAUAAGCAAUAUGUGCCUUGAGGGAGAGGAGAAUGACUAGCUUUGAACAUUCCCGGUGCAUGCUCCAUGGCUUACUUUUUAAAAGAAUUUCUAAUGAUUUUCUAAAAUCACCUAAAGAUGGGAAUAAGUGCAACAAAGGAUUUUUAGAAACUCUACAAUGUAAACUAUUUUAAAUCCAUACAGCAGAUGCAAUCCUUCUAGCACCCUUUUUAAUUAAUUGUAUAGUUGAUGGGUCAAUGUAAAUUUGUGUUUAUUUUUAUAUGAUUGAAUGAGUUUUGUAUGAAAGUGAGAUGUUGUCUAUAGCAAAUGCUAUAAACAACCUGAAGAUUUGUGACAUUAAUGUUUCUUUUUUAAAAAAACAAUUUUCAAGGUUCUUUUUUACAAUAAACAUUUUUGAUUUAAAAUCUA